AUGCAGAACAAGGUUGAGAAUGUCUAUGGUGAGUUAAAAGCUAAGAUUGAGAGGGAGGUAGUGGUUGAGAUUGAGGAUGAGGAUGAGUUGAUAGUGAAAGAUUUGGUUAAAGACAAAGAAGCUGAAGAAGUUGGGGUUGACAAAGGGAAGAAUAAAGUGGUUGAGGAACCAAAGCAAGAUAAGACCCUUGAUGAAAUUGCCAUUUUNUUGCCAUUUCCUGGUAGGUUUAAGAAGCAACAAGUGGACAAGUAUAGAGCUAUGUUUGAUGCACAAAUGAAAGAUGUUGCUAUUACAAUGCCUAUCAUAGAUGCAUUCUUGUUGAACCCAUUAUACAGCAAGUUCCUCAAGGAUGCAGUUUUGGAGAAGAAGAAAGCUCUACAAGGAAUGGUUAUCUUAACUCAUGAGUGUAGUGCUAUUAUUCAAAACAAGGUAGUAGCAAAGAAGCUUGAAGAUCCUGGUAGCUUCACUCUCCCUUGCACAUUGGGACCUCUAUCUUUUAGCCAUUGUUUAUGUGAUCUUGGGUCUAGUGUGAGCUUGAUGCCUCUCUCAGUUGCCAAAAGACUAGGUUUCACCCACUACAAGAAGUGUAUGAUCACCCUUGUUCUUGUAGAUAGGUUAGCUAGAACACCAGUAGAAGUGCUUGAAGACUUACUAGUGAUGAUUGGCCAUUUUGAAAUCCCAACCGACUUUGUUGUGCUUGAAAUGGAUGAAGAACCAAAGGAUCCACUCAUUUUGGGGCGCCCAUUUUUAAGAACUGCAGGAACAAUGAUUGAUGUGAAGAGUGGGAAGAUUCAAUUGAAUUUGGGAAAGGAAGCUUUGACUUUUGACAUCAACCAAGUGCUGAGGAAGCCUACAAUUGAUGGUCAAGUUUUCUACAUUGAGAAGAUGUAA